CUUUACGGCUGUCGUGCUGUUCGUGUCAGUCAACAUGGAGGGAGAGGAUUCGGAGAAGGCCGCAACGGAGCGAGAGCCGCUGGAAGGGACAGACCAGGCACUAGAGGCGGAGGAGGAGGAGGAAGAAUCCGAAGAAGCGGCCUGUGGCAGCAAGAAGCGGGUAGUGCCAGGUAUUGUGUACCUGGGCCAUAUCCCGCCGCGCUUCCGGCCCCUGCACGUCCGCAACCUUCUCAGCGCCUAUGGCGAGGUGGGACGCGUUUUCUUUCAGGCUGAGGACAGGUUCGUGAGACGCAAGAAGAAGGCAGCAGCAGCCGCGGGAGGAAAAAAGCGGUCCUACAGCAAGGACUACACCGAGGGAUGGGUGGAGUUCCGCGACAAGCGCGUAGCCAAGCGCGUGGCGGCCAGUCUACACAACACGCCUAUGGGUGCCCGCAGGCGCAGCCCCUUCCGUUAUGACCUAUGGAACCUCAAGUACUUGCACCGUUUCACCUGGUCCCACCUCAGCGAGCACCUUGCCUUUGAGCGCCAGGUGCGCAGGCAGCGCCUGAGAGCGGAGGUUGCUCAGGCCAAGCGUGAGACUGACUUCUAUCUUCAAAGUGUGGAACGGGGACAACGCUUUCUUGCUGCUGAUGGGGACCCUGCUCGCCCAGAUGGCUCUUGGACAUUUGCCCAGCGUCCUACUGAGCAGGAACUGAGGGCCCGGAAAGCAGCACGGCCCGGGGAACGUGAACGGGCUCGCCUGGCAACUGUCCAGGACAAGGCCCGCUCCAACAAAGGGCUCCUGGCCAGGAUCUUUGGAGCCCCGCCACCCUCAGAGAGCAUGGAGGGAACUUCCCGGGUCAGGGACUCCUGAGGGCCGGGGAGGCCCCUUCCAUCUCCUGGCCCUGCUCUGCUUCCUGUCUACCUCGUACUAGAAUGAUUGUGAUUACCCAGGCAGACAUUUUUUUAUGUUUUUCAGACCAAAUGUCUCUGGUCAGGGCCCAAACGUGGAAGUUUUGUGGGCUUCUAACUCCUGUAGAUGCCUGGCUGAGUCACCUAAUUCAUACUGUCAUGCUAACAUAACUACUGCAUAUGCUUGUUUUGUUUGACUCUUGACUGCCUGCCUCUUAAAAAUCCCACUUCCUGCCCCCAGGAAGGACCUUUGUUUCCAACAAGGGGGAUAAUGCCUAGUCCAGGCAAUCUUUUUCUGUUUAGCAGUCACAGGUGAGGAUGGUACUAACAUCUUUUUUAUGUAGAAAAAAUGACAGUUAAUGGGAUAGACUGGGUUGGGAAGAAAUACAGUUCUCCCAAAUGUGUUUAUAGAAAAUAAAAAUAUUUUUGCAUGGCUUUUUA